UUGUCUGUCUGCAGAUUCUCCAGCGGCAGAUUCGCUGUUUGUUUGCCAUCUUGUUAUGCAGCUCGCCGCGGCGCGGAUCAGUCAGAGUGAAUAUGGAGUAAAUAUGAUUAUUAUCUGAUGAAUAUCUGCUCAUGUGUGUGUAGGCGUGUGUCGUGUCGAUCCACAGCAGAAGCCGAACUCACUCCACGAGGGUUUGGAGCCGCUUCCAUGGCUCAGGUUCUAGUUUGGCUGUGUGUUUUGAUAGCUAACAGCUAACAGAGAUCGAGUCACUCUCUGCGUUUAUUAUAUUUCAUGUGUGAAUGAUAUUAACCGAGAUCAAAUGAUGGCAGAAGACAUCCAGCACAAUCAGAAAUCAAACUUUAAUGGACUCACCAAACCAGCCAAAGCAGGAGCGUCUAAGAAACUGAUCAUAAAGAACUUUAAAGACAGACCGAAGUUGACUGACAGCUACACUGAGGACACGUGGCUGAAGCUGAGAGAUGCUGUGGGAGCGAUUCAGAACAGCACCUCCAUCCAGUAUAACCUGGAGGAACUCUACCAGGCCGUGGAGAAUCUGUGCUCGUAUAAAGUGUCGCCCAUGUUAUACAAGCAGCUUCGUCAAGUGUGUGAAGACCACGUUCGAGCUCAGAUCCAUCAGUUCAGGGAAGAAUCGCUGGACAGCCUGUCCUUCCUGAAGAGGAUGAACCGAUGCUGGCAGGACCACUGCAGACAGACGAUCAUGAUCCGCAGUAUUUUCCUCUUCCUGGAUCGGACGUAUGUCCUCCAGAACUCUCUGCUUCCCUCCAUCUGGGACACGGGGCUGGAGCUGUUCCGCACACACAUCGUGAGCGACAGUGGCGUUCAGAGCCGGACGGUGGAGGGGAUCCUGGAGCAGAUCGAGCGCGAGCGCAACGGGGAGACGGUGGACCGCAGUCUGCUGAGGAGUCUACUGGGCAUGCUCUCAGACCUGCAGGUGUACAAGGACUCGUUCGAGCAGCGGUUCUUAACGGAGACGACCCGUCUGUACGCCACAGAGGGACAGAGGCUCAUGCAGGACAGAGACGUUCCCGAGUAUCUUCAUCAUGUGGCGCGGCGUCUGGAGGAAGAGAACGACCGGGUCAUCAGUUAUUUAGAUCAGAGCACACAGAAGCCUCUGAUCGCCGCCGUGGAGAAGCAGCUGCUGGGCGAACACAUGACCGCCAUUCUGCAGAAAGGCCUGCGCACGCUGCUGGACGAGAGCCGCGAGUGUGAGCUGACGCUGCUGUACGAGCUCUUCAAUAAAGUCAAAGGCGGCCUGACGGCACUGCUGCAGUCCUGGAGAGAAUACAUCAAGAGCUCCGGCGGGGAGAUCGUCAGCUCUCCAGAGAAGGAUAAAGAGAUGGUGCAGGAGCUGCUGGACUUCAAGGAUAAGAUGGACCUGGUGAGCCAGCGCUGCUUCCAGAGGAACGACACCUUCAUCAACGCCAUGAAGGAAGCCUUCGAGAACUUCAUCAACAAGAGACCCAACAAACCCGCCGAGCUCAUCGCGAAGUAUGUGGACUCUAAACUGCGUGCGGGAAACAAGGAGGCCACAGAAGAAGAGCUGGAGAGGAUCCUGGACAAGAUCAUGAUCAUCUUCCGCUUCAUCCACGGGAAGGACGUGUUCGAGGCCUUCUAUAAGAAGGAUCUGGCCAAGCGUUUGCUGGUGGGCAAGAGCGCAUCGGUGGACGCAGAGAAGUCCAUGCUGUCCAAACUCAAACACGAGUGUGGAGCAGCGUUCACCAGUAAACUAGAGGGGAUGUUCAAAGACAUGGAGCUCUCUAAAGACGUCAUGAUCCAGUUCAAACAGUACAUGCAGAACCAGACUGAUCCCAGCAACAUCGAGCUGACCGUCAACAUCCUGACCAUGGGCUACUGGCCCUCAUACAUCCCGAUGGACGUCCAUCUGCCCGCUGAGAUGGUGAAGCUUCAGGAAGUGUUUAAGCUGUUCUAUCUGGGGAAACACAGCGGGCGUAAACUGCAGUGGCAGCCGACACUGGGUCACGCGGUGCUGAAGACGGAGUUCAAAGAGGGGAAGAAGGAGCUGCAAGUGUCUCUGUUUCAGACUCUCGUCCUGCUGAUAUUCAACGAGGCCGACGAGUGUUCGGUGGAGGAGAUCCGUACGGCCACAGGCAUCGAGGACGGCGAGCUCAAGCGCACUCUUCAGUCUCUGGCGUGUGGGAAAGCACGAGUCCUCAAUAAAACUCCCCGAGGGAAAGAGGUGGAGGACGCAGAUCGCUUCCACUUCAACAGUGACUUCAGACACAAACUGUUCCGCAUCAAGAUCAACCAGAUCCAGAUGAAGGAGACGGUGGAGGAGCAGGUGAGCACCACUGAGCGGGUGUUCCAGGACCGCCAGUAUCAGAUCGACGCUGCAGUGGUGAGGAUCAUGAAGAUGAGGAAGACCUUGAGCCACAACCUGCUGGUGUCUGAACUCUACAACCAGCUCAAGUUCCCGGUCAAGCCGGCAGACCUGAAGAAGCGCAUCGAGUCGCUGAUCGACCGGGACUAUAUGGAGCGGGACAAAGAGAACGCCAACCAGUACCACUAUGUGGCGUGAGCUCCGGGUUCCUCCGCAAGGGCUUCUGGGCCGAACCGGCGCGGCGCUCACUGGCGCUCGGCCUUCUGGGACGCUGAGCCACUCUAGCAUGAUUGCGAUUUGCGAAUGAGAUGCACUUUUCUUUGUGUUUGUUGUUCUUGGACUUUGUUUAGUGUGUGUGUCGAGUCUCUUCUACUGUAGCGCCACGUUACGUGUGUUUCUUUUAGACUUCGGUCGUCAUGAUGCCAGAAUCAUGUUGAUGAUGCGAGUUCUGAUGCUGCAGGGUUUGACAGUUACCCGCUCACACACACACACACACACACACACACACACACACACACACACACACACACACUGCUGAGACUCAGUGCAGCCUCUCAAACUCUCAUGAUAGACAGAAAUUAUUCUUUUGAUAACGCAAGUGUGUGUGUGAGUAUGAGAGAGUGUGCAUGCGUCAGUGUGUAUGAGU